CGUGGGCCAGGUCACAGCGACUGGCGCGACGGACGCGAUGGCGGACAUGAACAAGAAGAUAGAAGAGGACGUGGUCAAGGCCGCGGGGGUUGCCGUGAUCGACGACGACGGGUUGCUUGUGGCAGACGACGAAUGGACGGAAGAGCGAGAGGAACUGGCCAAGGCGCUGCUCGAACAAGACAAGAAGGUCGUCCCGCCAUUUUGGCAAAACAAGUACGAAAAGGAAGCUGCGAAGAGCUGGGAUUUGUUUUACAAGCGCAACUCGACAAACUUUUACAAAGACCGGCACUACCUCCACCUCGUCUUUUCAGAUUUGGCCCCCAAAGAAGGCGACACGUCCGACGAGAAAACAUGGCUGCUCGAAGUCGGGUGUGGCGUCGGGAACGCCGCGUUACCGCUUCUGGAAGUGAAUCCGCGGCUUCAUGUUGUCGCGAUUGAUUUUGCCGCCAAAGCCGUUGAACUCUUCCAUCAACAACCUUUGUACGACCCGUCCCGGUGCCACGUAUCGGUGUGCGACAUCACGACCGACCCGCUGCCGGCCGUGAUUGACGCUGAAGGCGGCGUGCACUUUGCGCUGUUCAUGUUUUGCUUGUCCGCGCUGCAUCCUGACAAGAUGCAAGCCGCCGUGCAAAAGAUCGCGGACGCCGUCAAACCCGGUGGCAAGAUCUUUUUUAGAGAUUAUGGCCGGUACGACCAAGCACAGCUCCGCUUCAAGCCUGGCCACAAACUGGCCGACAACUUUUACGUCCGCCAAGAUAACACCCGCGCGUAUUACUUUACCAUCGACGAAGUGCGCGACUUGUUUGUGGCGGCCGGCUUGGUCGAGCGCGAGAACGAGUACAUUCGCCGCCAGUACUCGAAUCGAUCGCAGGGAGUCGUCCGCUUCCGCGUGUGGGUCCAUGCUAUCUUCGAGAAACCCCUCUAGUCGCCGCGCAACACCAUCCGAUGCGAUUUUUCCCAUGAAUUCCAACUCUUUCAUCGCGAUAGGUUGCCGCCACGGUGCUUGCCAUCGUGUGCACAUACACAUCGUAUGCAUAAUGCCAUGACGAGGGAGAUGGCUGUGAAUGCUGGCGCAGUGGCAUCUCCUUCACAUUGAUAUCUUCAGCCGCAGUUUGGCUGGAACAAGCAGCCCCCCCCUCACUGAAAUCCGUUGUGGCGCUCGCUCGCAUAUCGUUGGACACUGGAAAUUUCGCAAGGCAGUGUAACCUCCCUGCCCAGACGUGAUGCCACGGAUGUUUCAUGUGGAUCUUUCAGCCGAAACAUGUCCUCUUCUAGAAAAUCACCCAUGAUCUCGUUCCCUGCAUGAUGGGGCCAUUGAAGCCGCGAAAGAGCAGCGCGAUCGCCUUCAUGCCAGAGCAGCGCGAUCGCCUCAUGGCCAGGCUUGGUAUAUUAAUUUCACACGUUUGAAUUGUCUCCCGA